GUGAUUCUUACACGAUUCAUUUAUUUCCACAUGUGAUUCUUAAACACGAUUCAUUUAUUUCCACAUUUGAUUCUUACAUGAUUCAUUUAUUUCCACAUGUGAUUCUUACAUGAUUCAUUUAUUUCCACAUGUGAUUCUUACAUGAUUCAUUUAUUUCCACAUGUGAUUCUUACAUGAUUCAUUUAUUUCCACAUGUGAUUCUUACAUGAUUUAUUUAUUUCCACAUGUGAUUUUUACAUGUUCUGAAUUAACAUUUUACAUUUUCAUUUCAGUAUUUUUAGGCAGACAUUUCUGUUUCCAAACUCUUUUUAAUGUUACACGUAUCAUUUUCUGCAGAUGACGAAGAAGCACUAGAUAAUAGUUCGUGGAUAAAUCGUGGAUAAAAAUGGAAAUAAGAUCUUCUCCUUUAAAGCCAAACUUAAUAACUGCUUUUUUCUUGCUGAGAUUUUGACAUUACGAUUUGGUCGUGACGUCAUCAGCAGCGCUGCUAUAAAAGCCAUUUCAAUGACGUCAUCGGGAACUGUCAGUCAGGCGGUUGCUAUGGAAACUGAUGAGCGCAUGGUGCAAACAGAGCUUCUUACAUAGACACACACACACAUAUACACACAGACACACAUACAAGCACAUGCACUCACACAUCGAGCUCCAUCAGCGCGCGCUCCACUACGCAGCUAUUUCAUCAGUUUAACCCACUGAUAUCUGUAGAAGACGCCAUCUCUAAAUAAUCAUUUCAUGUUUCCUGGAUACUGGUUCCUUACAGCUGCUGGAGAAACUUUAUUGCCCCUUAACCAAUGGCGACUGAAGAAAGCAACGGUGCAGAGUUCCAGGAGAAAACAGGCUUGAAGAGAAAACUAACAGGACCGCCACGACUUCUGUUGGGCAAAACCAGGUCUCCAGGUCAAGAUGAAAAGAAAUCAAGAAAGCAUAGACGACCCAACAACGAUGACACACCAAUGGACACAGAAAAAGAUCAGCAAAGCACUGAACUACACGAGCUGACGAGUCCUGAAAGUCCUGAAACUCUCCUGACUACAGAACUUGAUGGAGGACCUUGCAUGGAUCUCCAAGACGAGCGUUUGGAAACAACUUCAAAUUUGGAAGAGAACACGAAGAAAAGGCGGAGAAGAAGCAAAGCUGGAGCAACCAUAAGACGGAUUUUCUCCUGUGUUAGGAGGAGAAAGGAGUUGGGAAUGAAAGCUGUGGAGGAUGCCGAGGAAAACACGAACUACGGGGGACACAACAGCAUCCAAGACAAGGAGCUUCUGACCCAUCCAUGUGAUUCCUUGAAAAUGAAGCAUGAACAAGAGCAGGGUAAGAAGAUUAGUGCAAGAAAGUUCAAGGUGAGAAUGUGGCACAUCUUCAGAAAACAUUCAUCCAAAGGCAAGCAGGAACGUGAAGAACAUGAAGGAGGACGAUGUAAUGAUACUUUCACUGAAAUAUCUUCAGAAACAAGUGUUGAUCGGUACAUAUCUGGUCCUGCAGAACCACCAGCUGUGGAUGAACAGCAGAAUGAAUCAAGUGGGAUUAACGAGGAUGCAACCAGAAUCCAUGAGGAAAACUGUUUGGAAUCACGAGAUCCCAAAAAUGAGGUUAUGGAAAUGAUUUCCUUGGAUGUAGAGGUGAACGUUGACUCGAAUGCUGUAUUCGUUCAUGAAAAUCACCAACAUCCAUCCGAAUCCCACUUCCCGUGUCUUGUAGAUGAAGAGGAGCCCAAGAUACAGAUUAGCGAGGCUCCGCUAACAGGGAUUGUCGAGUCUUCUUCCGAUCUGGAAGAUUCCAGGAUGUCUCCAGAAGAUCUGGUUACAGAUGAUAUGGUAGUCGAUGUUCCAGUUGAAAACGCCAACGUUUUUAAAUGCAAACCUGUCAUCACGAUAGAAGACGUUCAUUCAUCGGACGAAGAAAAUGAUGACUUGUUUGAAAACACAGCUCCGCAGUACGGCACGCUGUCGCCGCUCCUUGCGCUUAACGGAUCCUGUUACACGUUAAAGACUUCAGAUAAUCGCUUUUCCGAGAUCCUGCUCGCUCAGACGGCUUUGUCUUUGGUCCGCGCAGCUAUUAGCGGUGCCGUAGAACAGCUUUCAGCCGAGCUGCAGAGCCGUCAGAUGGAUCGAGAUCAUGUCUAAUACCCCCACACACACUCAGAAACACACACACACACUAGUCCUCACACACUGCAGCCAAGAAUCAGUUUCUGUGCUGUUAUCACUGGGGCAGGACUCAGAUCCCUGGAUGAAAAUCAGUGUGCUUUAUUUACGCCUCGCUGUUAGAUGAGUUAGCGUGGUAUUGUUUGCAUGCAUGCUUGUCCUCAGAAUAACAGAUUUGUAUCAUGUAUUGACCUGUAAGUGUUUUCAGUGUUAUCUUGAUAUAAUAUGAAAAUAUUGGAGAUUGGAAAAUUCAUUUAUCUAUUUAUCUAUUUAUCACAGACAUGCAAAAAUGUUAGCAUUGGCUAAAUUGGAGUAAAAUAUCUAUUAAAAAUAAAUAACCUUGUAACUGGUUUUAUUUCAUUACUCCUCCGCCAGUUGUACGGUAUUUUUAGCCUGAAUGUGACAUUAUCUCUCAUAUCACUGCAACGUAAGCCUCGUUUCUAUAGCAAUGGAGAACCCAUGUUUUGCAGUUUCCAGCUACACAACAUGUUGUUUUGCCUUCAUUUUUUCCCCCAGUUUUCUGGAAAUAAAAUAACAAAUAAAGUAUUGAUUUGCUUUGUGUUACGAUGGAAAGGAAUCUUUGAACUUAUUGUUUUAAAUAAAUGGAAAUGUGUGGGGACAGCAGGCAGGGAAAGAAGCCAUUUAUCUUCCUGUGGAUUAUGUCCAUAUGUAAAUGUAAACCAUGUAGGCAAAUGUGUUACGCUCCGGAGCUCCUGCUCAAGGUCGGCCUCAACGUUCGCUUGAGACCGUGUAAGAUUUGGUUUCCGCAUAUCAUCAGUAAAGUCAGAAGAGCACUUUGUGACAGCAACGGUGAUAAUUUGUCAAUCUGAGUGGAAAAGUUUCCAUUUUUCAAGC